GUUCCGCCUUGAGGGAAUUCGAUUAGUGAGCAAUUGCUUGAGAGCGAAGACGUAGUUAGACGAUUCCGUGGCGGUUCUUGAGCAACGCAGACAAGCCUGGGCAGUAUUCAUACUAGAGGGGCAAAGGCCAUGGAUCUCUGAAGUACAAGAAUCGACACAUUCGCAUCGCUGGUUCAUCCAUAAGUUGGGCGCCUUGACCUCGGAAUCAGGUGUCGAGCAUUCAGUAGAGGUUGAAAGCCUUAGUGAAAAUCAGUAUAGCUAUGGUAGGUAAAUUUAACGUUUCAAAGUCGGUAGACGAGAACAACUCAGAAAUCUUCUGGAGAAGAGCUUUCUCCUCCCCACAGAAAAGUAUUCUCGAGAGACGGGAAGGAAAUCUCGUGGAAUACGACGACGACGACGAUGAAGAUGACAGCUUAUCGAGCAGCGAAGAGCAAGGCAAAGAAAAACUUGACACCAGUUUUCAAGAAAUUUUCACAUCGGUGAACAGUCUUCUGCAAAGCCGACAAACAUUUACCUUACAUGAGGGAACUUCUUUGGAAAAUGAAUUGAAGCUAUUGAAGCGAAUGGUUCGGAGGCGCAGUCUCAGCAGCCAAGUUUCCGUCACCCCUACUGCAAGUUCCCGAAUCAUGGCUCCCAAAUUUGUUUUUGAUCCGCCCCUUGUCCAAGAGAAAUCGCCACGCUGCCAUGAGAAACAGAGUCGCCAUUUUUGCCUGCAAGAGAAAUUUCCUUUUCGGGAUAAGAAAAUUUUGGAUGAUCUCUCUGGCAGUAAAGACGCAGCAGGCCAACAAACUGACGAAGCUUCCAUGGACCUCAACACCCUUAAAUACGAGCAACAAAAGGAGAAGCUGCACGGGUUCUUAAAAGACACGCUUCCUGUGUCGCUAGAAGAUAGUGUGCCGUACAGUCCCACCAAAAAAAAGUCGGCUAAUGGUUGGUUUUCCUGCAGCACAGAUUCCGACGAAAUUGAAAUCGAUCCAUUUUCCACUUGCAUCAGCCCAUUGUCGGAAGAAGUUUCGCCGCUUGCUUCUCCCGUUGCGUGGAGUGUGUCGAGCGGCCUAUCUUCGAUCUCUUGUAGCGUGGCCAGUACAUCCCCACAAGCUUACCGCAGCCGCAAAAAGGGUACAGGACUGCAUGGCGCUGCUUCGUCCCCGACACGGUUGCUUCUGGCGGCGGGUAUGAACAUGCAACGGGCCUUUGACCAAGAGAAUCACCAUGGUACAGAUGCGGCUCCUCGCUUACCCGGACGCUCCGAUCGAGCACCGCGUCAACCGCGGCGAGAGCGAUCUUUCGAUAAAUAA